GAUAAUUAUCCAAUAGAAAGCUGAACUGGUCAGGCAGAGUCGGCCCACCAGCCAAUAGGGAGACUCGACGAGAGCGGUGUACUCGAGAAAGCCAGAGCCGGUUUGCAGGAGUCGCAGUGGUGAUCGGAGUCCUGCUAGAGCGCAAUCAUGUCUAUUAUGUCCUAUAACGGAGGGGCCGUCAUGGCCAUGAAGGGAAAAAACUGUGUAGCCAUCGCUGCGGACAGGCGUUUCGGGAUCCAGGCCCAGAUGGUGACCACGGACUUCCAGAAGAUUUUUCCCAUGGGUGACAGACUCUACAUAGGCCUAGCCGGGCUGGCUACCGACGUCCAGACAGUUGCCCAGCGUCUCAAGUUCCGGCUGAACCUGUAUGAGCUGAAGGAAGGGCGGCAGAUCAAGCCUUACACCCUCAUGAGCAUGGUGGCCAACCUUCUGUAUGAGAAACGGUUUGGUCCCUACUAUACAGAGCCUGUCAUUGCUGGGUUGGACCCGAAGACCUUUAAGCCCUUCAUUUGCUCUCUAGACCUCAUCGGCUGCCCCAUGGUGACUGAUGACUUUGUAGUCAGUGGUACCUGCUCUGAACAGAUGUAUGGGAUGUGCGAGUCUCUCUGGGAGCCCAACAUGGACCCAGAGCACCUGUUUGAAACCAUUUCCCAAGCCAUGCUGAACGCUGUGGACCGGGACGCUGUAUCGGGCAUGGGCGUCAUUGUCCACAUCAUUGAAAAGGACAAGAUCACCACCAGGACACUGAAGGCCCGGAUGGACUAACCCUAUACUCUGGUCCCAGUUUCCUUUUGUUGUUUUUCUUUUUAAUAAAAUUACUUUUCUUUCA